UAUACAUCUAAAGCUGCCACUCCUUCGUUAAAGGUUAAAAAAUGGAGAUCAUGCAUGUCUCUACUUUCGAUUUUAUUGCACUGCUCAUCUUCUUUUCCUUCCUUUUUGUUAUAAUUGACAAGAGAAAUAAAUCAAAACAACAAAAGUUGCCUCCAGGUCCAUGGACGCUUCCCCUUAUUGGAAGUAUCCAUCACUUGAGAGGAGCAUUUCCACAUCGCACUCUUAGAAAAUUAGCAAAAAAGUAUGGGCCUAUCAUGUAUUUGCAACUUGGAGAAAUUCCUGCAGUAGUCAUAUCAUCACCUAAUGUGGCUAAAGAAAUUCUAAAAAUUCACGAACAUGCCUUUGCUUCUAAGCCACGACUUACAUCCAUAGACAUCACUACUUACAACGGUAAGGACAUUGCAUUUGCACCAUAUGGUGACAAUUGGAGACAAAUGCGUAACAUAUGUGUUACAGAACUUUUAAGUGCCAAGAUGGUUAAGUCUUUUAGUUCAAUUCGGAGAGAUGAGAUUUCGAGUCUCGUCUCAUCAAUUCAAUCCAUGAAUGGUUCUGUUGUCAACAUAACACAAAAUAUUCUUCACUAUACAAACUCUGUGACAUGUAGAUCAGCCUUUGGAAGAAUACAAAAUAAUCAAGACGAGUUGAUAAAUUUGUUGAGGGAAGCACUGGAUUCAUUAGGAGGAUUUGAUGUGGCUGAUUUGUUCCCUUCUUGGAAAUUACUUCACAACAUGAGUAGGGUGAAAUCGAGAUUGUUAAAGCUGCAUCAGAAGGUUGAUGCAGCUCUAGAGAACAUCGUUAAUGAGCAUAUUGAGAAUCGAGCACUCAGCAACAAGGGAAAUACUGAGUUUGGAGGUGAAGAUUUGGUUGAUGUUCUCCUAAGAUUUAAGGAGAACGGUGAACUCCAAUUUCCAAUCACAAAUGAUCACAUAAAAGCAGUAAUUUCUGACAUGUUCGCUGCUGGAACUGAAACUUCAGCUGCAACUAUUACAUGGGCAUUAUCGGAAAUGAUGAGGAACCCAAAAAUUAUGGCCAAGGCACAAAGUGAAGUGAGACAAGUUUUCAAAGGAAAGACAAGUUUUGAUGAAAAAGAUCUUGAUAGAUUAUCAUACCUAAAGUUAGUCAUUAAUGAAACGUUAAGGCUACAUCCUCCAAGUCCUUUUCUGCCCAGGCAAUGUACGAAAGAAACAUAUAUUGAUGGAUAUAAAAUACCUCCCAAGACCAGAGUACUAAUCAAUUCAUGGGCACUUGGAAGAGAUCCCAAAAGUUGGCAUGACCCUGAGAGUUUUAUACCGGAGAGAUUUGAUAAUUCUUCAGUUGACUUUAUGGGAAAUCACUUUCAGUUUAUACCAUUUGGUGCAGGAACAAGGAUUUGUCCAGGAAUGCAAUUUGGUUUGGCUAACGUUAAACAUCCAUUGGCUCGUCUCCUCUACCACUUUAACUGGGCACUUCCAUAUGGAAUUAGUCCAGAAGAUCUGGAUAUGACUGAGAAGAAGGGAUUCAGUGCAGCAAAACAAAAAGAUCUGUACUUAAUUGCCACGGAUCACAGAAGCGACGAAAACUUUUGAUGUUGUGCUUUCAAUGCUGAAAGCAUACCCUAUAUAAUGCUUCAUCCUUUAAUUUGGUUUAUAUUCAUGUCCCCCUUUUAUCUUUAAAGUUAUAGUGAAAAUUAGCAAAGAAUAAGAUCAAGAGUUGGUUGUACAGUUAUGGUUUGGAAGGUCGGACCAGAGAAUUCGUUCUACUAUUUUGUGUAGUAUGUACUCCAAUAUUUAUUUCUAUUUGGAGAUGAACUACGACUUGUAAAAUGGAUAUAAGGAAAAUGAGAAAUUAAAUGAAACAAAAUCAAGGCAGA